AUGUGUAUGGAUGAGCAAAAUCGAACAUAUAAAGGAGUUGAAGCAUUAUCAGUUCCAAUAUUGAAGCGCAUUUCCGACAAUCCUAGUGAUAAUAUCAUUCCGGAAUUUCAAUUCUGUUCAAAAGUUGUUCCAAAAUUGUUCAGACAAGUGAAAACCAAAAACAGCAUUCUCAACUCUUUUGCGUAUCAACAUUUGAAGGAGUCGGACGUAAAUGAUGUUUAUCAAAAGCUUUAUUAG